UGGCGGCGGUGGGCAGCAGUCGAGUCGACCUUCCGUCCAUACUCUGGAGUGAAGUUUUUAUCUUUCGGCUAAAGCAAGAAAAAAAAUAGAAAGAGAAAGAAAAAUGGAGCGUCUGCUGUUAAACCUGCUCGCGUCUGAUAGUGCUACGAUACAGGAGGCAACUAAAGAACUCAAGAAAGUACUUCAGAAUCCAGACAGUGUGCCAGCUUUAUGCCAACUUAUUGUAACAUCAUCGAAUCCAGAGGUCCGGCAAUAUGCGACUCUCAUUCUUAGAAGACGUUACACUAAAGGAAAAUACUGGACAAAAUUAUCCAUACCUGUACGAACCGAAUUUAAGAAAAUUAUAUUACAGGCUUUAGAACAUGAAUCAGCAAACUUGGUUAGAAAUAGCAUAGCUCAAUUAAUAGGUGUCAUUGUUAAACAUGAAUUACCUACAAAUAGUUGGCCAGAAAUUAUACAUUAUGUGCAACAGUUAAUUACUAAUGAAAGGUUGGAGAAUAAAGAACUAGGCCUUUAUACUUUAUCAAUUAUGACAGACGUUACUCCGGAUGCCUAUACCUCGCAUGCCAGAUCUCUAGUGAUACUUCUCGCUCAAACGUUGAGCAGUCUUCAGAGUUUAGGAAACCCUGCCGCUUUUUAUAUUUUGGAAACAUUGCGACAUCUUAUUCCUGUAGCUAAACACGACGAAACGACACUACAUACUUAUGCUACAAUGAUGCCGCUAAUAAUGACUACAAUUCAGGCUUUUACCGAAACUGAACACAAUAAUUUUGCUAUCCAAAGUUUUGAAUUAUUGGAUGAAUUAUGCGAGAAUAUGAUUGUUGUAAUAACACCCCAUGUAAAAUCUCUUGUCCAUAUGUGCCUUACGAUCAUUGCUAAUAAAUCUACAGACGAACUCCUGAAAGUUAGGGUGAUCAGUUUUAUCGGCUGGUUAGCAAGAUUAAAGAAAAAGGCUCUCGUAAAGCACAAAUUAGUGGAACCUAUUGUCGAUAUGUUAUUCGCAGUUAUGAUGAGUAAGCCAGAGGAAGACGAUGAUUGUUCAAAUACAGAUAAUGAAAAUACUGUUUUAACAAGCGCUACUCAAACUUUAGACUUGCUCGCGAUGCACUUGCCGCCGGAAAAGUUAAUUCCACAUUUGUUGCGACAUAUCGAACCUGGACUUCGAAGCACAGAUGAUUACGUAAAGAAGACGUCGUACGUGGUCAUAGCUGUCUUAGCAGAAGGUUGCGCUGAAUAUAUUCGUUCAAACUAUCUUGAAUUCUUUCUGCGAUGUAUCUGCGAAGGAAUCUCCUAUCCUUCGCCCGUUGUGCGCAAUGCCGCGCUUUAUGCUUUAGGACAAUACUCCGAACAUCUGCAACCGGAGAUAUCACAAUACUCAUCCGAAUUGCUGCCCGUAUUAUUUGAAUAUCUCGGCCAAAUAUGCUCGUACAUCAAACAAGAGAAGAAAGAACCGCAUGCAGUCGGCCGUAUGUUCUACGCUCUUGAAAUGUUUUGUGAAAAUUUGAACGAGAGGAUCCUACCGUACUUGCCCAAAUUAAUGGAGAGACUAUUCGAUAUCCUAAACGCGGAUACAUCGCCGCACGUGAAGGAGCUUACUCUGAGCGCAGUUGGCGCUGCUGCUUGUGCCAGCGAGGAGCAUAUGUUACCGUAUUUCGAAACAAUUAUAAAUAUUCUUAAUAAUUAUCUUACUACAGAGCCGAGCGAGGAAAACAUGUGUCUUCAAGUUCAAGCAGUAGAUACUCUCGGAGUAGUAGCCAGAUCAAUAGGUGAGAAACAUUUCGCCCCAUUAGCAGCUACAUCACUCGAUCUUGGAAUAAAACUACUGAGAAAUACGGUCGAUCCAGACUUACGGAAAUCUCUUUAUGGAUUGUUCGCCGCUAUUAGCACAAUAAUGAAGAAAGAGAUGGCUGUGACUUUGCCUGAAAUCGUCGAGUACAUGAUAAUGAGUAUACGGAGUGCAGAUGGAAUUUUAAUGCAUUUUAAGGACGAUGAAGCUAACGCUCUUACAGUUUACGAUGAUCUCAGCGAUACCGAGAAUGAAAGAGAAGAUGAAGAAGAAGACAUUGAAUGCACUGAUAACGAAGAUGAUAAUGAUGAAGAAAUCGACGGUUAUAGUGUUGAAAAUGCCUAUAUGGAAGAGAAAGAAGAAAGCGUGAUGGCGCUGAAGGAGAUUGCGGAACACACAGAAGAAGCGUUCAUGCCGUACCUCGAAAGAUCUUUCGAAGAGAUUUUUAAAUUGAUAAAUUAUCCUCAAGAAGAUAUACGGAAAGCGAGUAUAGAGGCUCUAUUACAGUUUUGCAUUAACUUAUCGAAAAUCAAUACUGACGAAGGAAAAAAAGCACUAUUGAAGGCUCUCUCCAUGUUCAUCCCGAAAUUGUCAGAGCUCAUAAGAUUAGACGAAGAGCCGACGGUUGCCAUUUGUGGUUUGGAGGCAUAUCAAACACUUUUAAGACAGGUUAAAUCAGAUGUUAUCGCCGGCAUAGGUCAUAAAGAAGCUAUAGUAAAUUGUGUGAUGGAUGUGAUGAAAGACAAAACAGCAUGUCAAGAUCAGGAAGAGAUCGAAGGCAUUGAUAUCGAAGCAGAGCAAGACGGAUUACUGAUAGAAUGCGCGGGGACUGUAUUUUCUCAUUUGGGAAGAGUACUCUCGGCAGAAGAUUUUGCACUCUAUUUUCAAACCAUGUUGCCUUUCUUUUUAAAAAGACUGAAAAUGGACAAUUCGGAGGCGCAGAGAUCCUUUGCUGUUGGAACAAUAUCUGAAUGUUUAUCCGGGCUUAAACAUAUGACAGCUGCGUUUGUUUCACAAUUACUUCCGACUUUUCUACAAACUGGAGCCCAAGAUCCUUGCAGCGAAGUUCGUAGUAAUUGUUUCUUUGGAAUCGGAGAACUUGCCUUGUAUGGAAAAGAAGCAGUUUAUCCACAUUAUCCUAAUAUUCUUCAAACUUUGUCGUGUGCUAUUGCAAAAGAAACAGAUGCAGCUGCACGUGAUAACGUGGUUGGGGCAAUUGCACGACUUAUUAUCACAAAUUAUUCGAAUUUGCCACUUGAACAAGUAUUUCCAGUUUUCGUUGAACAGUUACCUUUGAAGGCUGACUUUCUAGAGCAUAAAGCCGUGUUUCAAAGUAUUCUUACGUUAUAUCAAGCUGGAGUCACUCUUUUGCAGUCUUACAUUCAUACGUUGUUGAAAGUUGCAGUUAUCAUAUUACAUGAAGAAAAGGCUCUUGACAUUGAAACGCAAAAUCUCAUUAUGGAGUUUAUCAAAUCUGUUCAACGAGAUUUUGUAAACGAUUGGAAUGCUCUUUUCACUGAGCUCCCUCCAGAAGUUGUCACAAAUAUUCAACGCAUAUUUUCCUAAUGCACAGAGAUUCUUGUGCGGCGAUUCACUGAUAUCGGGCAAGCUGCUAUCACUUUAUCGAAAGACAGCAGAGAU